UCCUCCCAGGACCUCACUUGUGAGGACGCUGGGAAUAACAAAGUGUCAUGGUCGUUCAUAAAUCCAACGAGCGUGGGAAUUAAGGUGUACGGUGCUGUAAGAAGACGGCCUAAGCUUGAAUGAGGAGAGAGAACAGCAUGGACACGAGGACUUAGGAAAAGGUUUUUGGGGAGCGUGUUUGGUUCUCGUGAGGUGUUGGUGCUGCUGGGUGUGUUUGGAGAUCCAGAGCCAUGGGUGACUGGAGCUCGCUGGGGAAGCUGCUGGAGAGUGCCCAGGAGCACAGCACGGUGGUGGGCAAGGUCUGGCUGACCGUGCUCUUCAUCUUCCGCAUCCUGGUGCUGGGCGCGGCCGCCGAGAAGGUGUGGGGCGACGAGCAGUCGGGCUUCACCUGCGACACCAAGCAGCCCGGUUGCCAGAACGUCUGCUACGACAAGACCUUCCCCAUCUCGCACAUCCGCUUCUGGGUGCUGCAGAUCAUCUUCGUCUCCACGCCCACGCUCAUCUACCUGGGCCACAUCCUGCACCUGGUCCGCAUGGAGGAGAAGCACAAGCAGCGGGAGAAGGACCUGGCUGACAGGCUUGAACAGGAGCAGCUCAACAGCGCCUCUGGUGGCGGCGGUAAGCAGCAGUUGUUGCUGACGGGCGACGGGAAGUGCCGCAAGGCGCCGGUGCGCGACGAGCAGGGCAAAAUCCGCCUACAGGGGGUGUUGCUGCGCACCUAUGUCUUCAACAUCAUCUUCAAGACGCUGUUCGAGGUGGGCUUCAUCGUGGCCCAGUACUUCCUGUACGGCUUCGAGCUCAAGCCGCUCUACACGUGCAACCGGCCGCCCUGCCCCAACGUGGUCAACUGCUACAUCUCCAGACCCACGGAGAAGACCAUCUUCAUCCUCUUCAUGCUGGUGGUGGCCUGCAUCUCGCUGCUCCUCAACCUGGUGGAGAUGUACCACCUGGGCUUCACCAAGUGCCGCCAGGGCCUGCGCUACCGCCGCACCCAGUCCCUGCUGGAAGGCACUGUCACGCCCAAGUCGUCCAGCGAGACGGCGGUGGCGGUGCCCGUGCCCGUCCCUUCCUCGUUUGGGCCGGUGCCCAGCUACACCUACUUUGCCCACCAGCCGCCUACUGCGCCGGAGCCCUACCGCGUCGCGGACUCCCCCCACUAUAGUCUGACCGAGCCCGACUCGGCCUUCCAGCCGUACAACAGCCACAGCAGCAGCAAGGCGGCCUACAAGCAGAACCGCGACAACCUGGCGGUGGAGCGCAACGGCGGCACCAAGCCCACCGACGCCACCAUGGAGCUGAAGGUCAAGAAGGGGUCCAGCUCGGCGCCCGGGUCGCCCAUACUCCAGCACCAGCGCCGGCCCAGCCGAUCCAGCCGCACCAGCAACAACAAGACUCGGCUGGACGACCUCAAGAUCUGAAACACAUGGCUGGACGACCUUCAAGGUCUGACCUUAAGAUCUAAGAUCACAACUGGAUGACUUCAAGAUCUGACUAUGUGGUCAGGGGCAGACAUACAGUACCAGGUUUAGAAAGUAUAAACGCUGCCACAUUUGCUCAAGCCAAUUCAGUGAACCAGCUGAUCUUAACUACCACACCCAGAUUCAGCCAGGUUGAUGAAUGAGCUAAUGAAAUCAUGUGUGUUAGGAGCCCAAGGAGAGAACGAAUAUCUGGAAGGAAGGACUUUUAUCAUUUUUCAAUCAAGUUUGUCCGGCCCUGUGUGGGGGGAGAGUGGAAGCCAGAAGAAGUGAAGAA